AGACGUUUGUUCAGCCACCACCAAGCGGGGACUCCAACGUAUAUCUUGCUAAUGGUAAAAAAAAAUAUUUAAAAAAAUGAUAAAAUGCCUAUUUGCUGGCUUGUCAGUGAAGAGGGUACCCAUAAACCAAUCCAGUUACCUCAUUUACGUGCGGUUGUUGUUGGGCGAGGUCCAGAAACGACAAUUAAAGACAAGAAAUGCUCUCGGCAGCAAGUUGAACUGAAAGCUGAGUGCAACAAAGGUUAUGUCAAAGUUAAACAGCUGGGCUUAAACCCCACCUCAGUAGACUGUGUGGUGGUGGGGAAAGGCAAUGAGGUCAGAAUAAAACCUGGACAGAAGCUCCAUGUUGUCAAUCAGCUUUACCCGUACACCAUACAGUUCAAAGAAGAUCUCACUGGGCACCACAGCAGCAUCAAAAGUCCAAGAGAGCAAACAUCGGAGAACCGUGACAGCCAGAAAAAUGUUCAAACUCUAAAAGCUCCAAAACAGAAAACAAAUGGCUCUCCAUCAGUAUGUCAUGGAGAAAACACACAAAAAAGUGAAAAUGUCGGACAUUGGAGCCAAGGUCUGAAGACUUCAAUGCAAGAUCCUCAGAUGCAGGUUUACAAGGACGAUGAGGUUGUUGUGAUUACAGACAAAUACCCCAAAGCUCGCUACCACUGGUUAGUCCUUCCAUGGCAGUCGAUUCCCAGCCUGAAGGCUUUACGUGGAGAGCACUGUGAUCUUCUGAAACACAUGCAGCAGGUUGCUGACCGCAUGAUCCAGCAAUGCCCAGAUGCCAGCACACUGCGGUUCCGGUCAGGUUAUCACGCUAUCCCAAGUAUGAGUCACAUCCACCUCCAUGUGAUCAGCCAGGACUUUGACUCUCCUUGCUUGAAGAACAAGAAGCACUGGAACUCUUUUACAACAGAGUACUUCAUUGAUUCUGAUGAUGUUAUUCAGAUGCUUGAAGCAAGUGGAAAAGUCACUGUUAAAGAAGGUUCCAGUGAAUUAUUGAAACUACCUCUCUGCUGCCAUGUGUGCCACAAAGAGCUUCCUACAAUACCUUCUCUGAAAGAACACUUGAAAUCUCACUUUCCCAGAUAAUUAUGUGACCUUAACAUAGAAGUAAACACGUUUAAUGGUGUUUAGUGUAUUUUUCUAAAAUGUUGUCUUGCAUUAAGUGUUGUAAUUAUGCAAGUUGAAAACUUGUCACUUGUUUUGUACAUUUUUGAAAAUGGCGAUAUCAUUAUGCUUGUCUAGAGAUCGUUUGUCAGUUCUUAGUCAAAUGUUGAUCCACUCUAACUUUAUUUUUGUUUAUAUAUUUCAUUUUCAAAUAGGUUUAGUUGUUCAUUCUGACACAAUAAACGGUUUCUAGAAACUA